AUGGCGGUGUUCCACGACGAGGUGGAGAUCGAGGACUUCCAGUAUGAAGAGGACUCAGAGACGUAUUACUACCCCUGCCCCUGUGGUGACAACUUCUCCAUCACCAAGGAAGAUUUGGAGAAUGGGGAAGACGUGGCAACGUGUCCUAGCUGCUCUCUCAUUAUUAAAGUGAUUUAUGACAAGGAUCAAUUUAUGUGUGGAGAAACAGUUGCAGCCUCUUCAGCCAGAAAAGAAUUAGUUAAAUGCUAG